GUGUCUUGCAGUGUUAGGUGAGAUGAUUCUACGUUGGUCGAUCGUUGUGUUGCUGGUGUUUUGUUGCAAUUUGUGGUUGGUGUCCGGGUUCCUAGAGCCUAGCGUUAUCAACAACCUUUCGGAGAUGAUAUCGGAGAUGAAGGACAUCGACUAUGGCAAUCCAAAGUUAAGGCAGGUCUACGAUUACGUGAUUGUUGGUGCUGGUCCGGCUGGAUGUGUGGUGGCCAAUCGGUUGUCGGAAGAUCCAAAAGUGUCGGUGUUGAUACUGGAGCUGGGAAGAGGUGAAAGGCCAGCCUUUGCCGAGCCCCCGAUGCUUGGCCCGAUGCUGAUGGGAUCGGAUUACAGUUUUGGAUAUGAAACGGAGCGUCAGCACUAUGGAUGUCUCGGGCUGACCGGGCGCAAGUGUAGCUGGACGCACGGACGGGGCGUCGGAGGAUCGUCCAUCAUUAACAACAUCAUCUACACGCGUGGUAAUCGACGAGACUUUGACAACUGGGCCCGAGCCGGUAUGGAGGGCUGGAGUUGGGACGAGGUGCUGCCGUACUACAAAAAAAUAGAACAGGCCAACAUUAAAGAUUUCGCCGAGAACGGAGCGCACGGUAAGACGGGCCGUGUGUCGGUUGAGGAUUGCCCGUUCCGGUCGGAGGUCGCAAAAGCGUUCGUUGCGAGUGCAGCCGGCAAGGGCUACCCGUACCUGGACUAUAACGCUGGAGACAAUCUCGGUGUGUCGUUCCUUCAGGCACACUCGAAGCGUGGACAUCGAGUGACGGCAGGAACUGCCUACUUGAAAGACGUAAAGCACCGUCCGAACCUGCACAUCUCGACACGCUCGUGGGCGACGGAGAUUCUCUUCAAGGAAGAUAAUAAGGAAGCUACUGGUGUAAGGUUUACCAAGAACAAGCGCUACCACACGGUGAGAGCUAGAAGGGAGGUGAUCCUUUCGGCGGGUGCAUUCGAAACGCCGAAACUGCUCAUGAACUCCGGUAUUGGUCCAGCGGCGGAUUUGAAGCGGCAUGGCAUUCGCGUCCGUCAGGAUCUCCCGGUAGGUCAACGAGUGUACGAGCACGGCGGGCUGUUUGGACCGAUCUUCAUCAUCCGAAACGGGACUCCUCGUGAGCGGAACCUUCUCAGCUUAGAGCAAGUCCUUACGGUGGAUGAGAUUCUUCGCUUCCGUAAUGGAACGGGACCUCUGACAUCCAACUCCAUCGAGAGCCUGCUGUACGUGAAGUCUCCCUACGCAGCUGAUCCUGAUCCAGGCAUGCCGGAUGUGGAGGUGAUGCAAUCGUUCACUUCGAUGAGCUUUGAUUCUUCGAUCGCGACACGUCUUGCGUACCGGUUGCCCGAUUCGCUUGUACGCGAGUACUUUGAUCCACUGAUCGGUGUGCGUAACUUUAUGUUUCUGCCGAUGCUGCUAAAACCGCACACGGUGGGUAAGGUGAAGUUGAAGUCCCGCAAUCCGUUCCACCAUCCCGUGUUUCAGUACCAGUACUUUGAGGACGAACGUGAUGUGGAGGCGUUGGUGUACGCGAUCAAGGAAGUGUUGCGGAUCGCCCAAGCGGAACCACUGCAGCGGUUGGGCAUUGAGCUGUACAGCCGGCCAGUUCCUGGCUGUGAGCAUGUUCCCUUCAACACGGACGAUUACUGGCGUUGCCACGUGAGAACGCUAACGACUACGUUCCAGCAUCAGGUGGCUACCUGUCGGAUGGGUCCGGUGGGCGAUCCUGACGCUGUGGUUGAUCCUCGACUGCGUGUUCGUGGCAUCCGGAGACUUCGGGUGGUGGAUGUGGGCAUUAUACCUGAACCACCGUCCGCACACACGUGUGCAAUGAGCUAUCUGAUUGGCGAAAAGGGGGCCGAUAUGAUUAAGGAAGAUAAUCAAUAG